ACAAAAAUUCAAGCUUUGAUUCGAUUAUUCAUGUGUUGCUGCUUCCCCUGUCUUGCGUCCAGUACAAGCUCGGAACGGCUCAGCUCACCAUGGAGUCUUCAAUUGGCAAUUUAGAGGCCGGCAAUGGGAGUAAUAAGUUCAACAAGGAGCCACUCCCCGCAAAGCUGAACGCCUGGGUCGAUGGCAAGCUGCCUGACGCUGUGGACGAUGGGGAACAGCAGAUCAUCGAGGCCGGAGAAGCCAAGUAUCAUCGCCUCGGCUGGAAGGGUCUAACGGUCAUGCUCAUUGUGGAGGCCAUUGGCCUAGGAUCGUUAUCUAUUCCUUCCGCGUUCGCAUCGCUCGGCAUGGUGGCCGGCGUUAUCUGCUGCGUCGGCAUCGGCUUGAUAGCCAUCUACACCUCGUACGUGAUUGGACAGGUGAAGCUCGCCUUCCCGGCUGUUCGGGAUUAUGGUGAUGCGGGUGCCUUGCUGAUGGGUACCUGGGGUCGGGAACUAUUCACCUUCAUGUUGAUCCUCCAGCUGAUCUUCCUGACGGGUUCCAACUGCUUAACCGGCACCAUUGCCCUUCGCCAUAUCACCUCUAGCGGCAUCUGCUCCGUCGUCUGGAGCGUGGUAUCCGCGGUGAUUCUUCUCUUGCUCUCUAUCCCCUCUUCUUUUGCCGAUAUGGCCUGGCUUGGCUAUGUGGACUUCAUUUCCAUCGUGGCAGCCAUUGGAAUCACUAUCAUCGCUACUGGCAUCCGGGGUACGGAUUCCACCGGGGGCUUGGCAGCCGUGGACUGGUCAGCUACACCGCAGGGCGAUCCUACCUUCUCAGAUGGUUUCAUCGCGAUUAGCAAUAUUGUCUUUGCGUACACCUUUGCCAGCUGCCUCUUUUCUUUCAUGGAUGAGAUGCAUACCCCUAAGGAAUUUACCAAAUCCAUCUGGUCUCUUGGCAUCCUCCAGAUCGUCAUUUACACUGUCACGGGCGCCACUAUCUACGCCUUCGUGGGUGUCGAUGUCCAGUCUCCUGCCUUGCUUUCAGCUGGAACGCUUGUUAGCAAGGUCGCCUUUGGCAUUGCCCUUCCAGUCAUUUUCAUUUCCGGCGCUAUCUGCACCAUCGUGGCUGGACGCUUGAUUCACGGCCGGAUCUACGCCAACAGUGUGACCAAGUAUAUCAACACGCCCAAGGGCUGGAUCACGUGGCUUACUGUUAUCACUAUCUUGACCAUCAUCUCGUGGGUCAUUGCAGAGGCAAUUCCGUUCUUCGAUGAUCUUCUUUCCAUCACAUCAGCACUGUUCACCUCUGGUUUCUCCUUCUACCUUCCCCCAAUCAUGUGGUAUGUCCUCAUCCGCAAGGGCCCAUGGUACUCCAAGGAGAACCUGUUGACCAGUCUGGUGAAUCUGUUUGUCUUUAUCUUUGGUCUUGUUGUUCUUGUUGGUGGUCUUUACUCGAGUAUUCAGGAUAUACGACUUAAUUACCGUGAAGGUGAUGUCAACAGCCCUUUCACUUGUGGUGAAGUUUCAUAAAUGCUUUGUUUAUCGUUAUAUAUUGCCCGCACAUGUUAAUAGACCCUUGUAC